GUAGUAGAGGAGGAGGAGGAGGAGGAGGAAGAGGAGGAGGUAGAAGAUGAGGCAAAGCACAGGCCUGGUUUUGUGCCCGGCAUGGCACCUCCUAAAAUCCCAGAUGGAGAGAAAGUGGACUUUGAUGACAUUCAUCGAAAACGAAUGGAGAAGGACAUGAACGAGCUCCACACUCUGAUUGAUGCUCACUUUGAGAAGCGUAAGAAGGAGGAAGAAGAGCUUCUCAACCUCACAGAUCGCAUUGAGACACGCAGGUCAGAGAGAGCAGAGCAGAUGAAGAUCAGGGCAGAGAGAGAAAAGGAACGGCAGAACAAAGUAAAUGAAGAGAAAGCGAGAAAAGAAGGGGAAGAGGCGAAGAAGAAAGCAGACGACGAUGCAAGGAAGAAGAUGAUUCUGUCCAACUUGAGUUUCACUGGAUACAAGCAGACACAGCCUGGCGCGAAAAAACCAACGGAGAGAGAAAAGAAGAAGAAGAUCCUAAAUGAGCGACGCAAAGAGAUAAAUGUUGAUCACAUGAAAGAGGACAAACUCAGGGAAAAAGCCAAGGAGCUGUGGGACUGGGCUCGCCAGCUGGAGGCCGAGAAAUUUGAACUGCAGUAUAAGCAGGCAAAGCAAAAGUACGAGAUCACGGUGCUGAGAAACCGGGUCAGUGAUCAUCAGAAAGUUUCAAAGGGUACCAGAAGCAAGCGUGGACUGAGGAAGUAA